AUGCGUUUUCUUGGAAACACCCAUCUGGAGCGCGAGCGUGAGUUACGCGUGUUUACCGAGUACGUCGGGUGCGGCAACAUUUACACCAUGGUGAGAGAAAUUUGGCAGCCUUCCACUUGUGGUCAUUCAAAAGUACAUGAUUCAUAUCUUGCGUGGACUUCACCACCUGCAUGGCAUGGCUCUUGUGCAUCAGGAUAUCAAGGGGGUGGGGGGGGGGGCACUCUUAUUACAAAGAGGGGCUGUUGCAACUUGGCGGACGUUGUAUGUAGCGGCACCCUUCACGAGGCUGAGGGACGUGAGGAACUGCGGCGCUCGCCACACUGGAUGACACCGGAGAUCAUUCACCGGUCACCCCCAGCAAUGGCAGGCGACAUGCGGGCCGUGGGAUGCGUGGGCAGUGAGAUGCUGCAGCGCCCCAUCUGGAACGUCGCCGGUGACCUCAACCCACUACAUUUUUAUUUACCGUAUUUGGAAACUGGAUAG